AUGGCCGUUAGAUUCUCACUCGCGUCGCAAGGGCUCGUGUCAACGCGCGCACCGCCAGUCAUCGUCGCUGCUGACCCGUUCCCCCCUCGCUGCUCCGCACGGCGCGAGCCAUUCCGUCCGCGCCCCGCGCGUUCCGCCCAUCCCACGCAUGCGGCCGUGCGGAAAUUCCACGGAAUGCGCGGGGAAUUGCGGAACCUGCGCGCAGACAAAGCGCUGUAUCUCUCCCGCCGCCGAGACCGCCGCUUGAUUCCAGGCGGUCCCGGCGACGGUGGUAACUGUGUUACUGUCGCACGGCGAACAGGCAAAUGGCGGCGGCAGACAGCCUUAGUGAAUUCCGAGGCUUCUUAUAAAGCGGAUGGAUCUGAAGCGGCGAUCGCGGAAGAGGCGGAUUGCGUGGUGGUGGGCGCGGGGAUUUCGGGGCUGUCAGCGGCGUUCGCGCUGGCGACGCGGCACGCGGACGCCGUGCCGCGCGUGCUUGUAACGGAGGCGCGGGAGCGCGUGGGCGGGAAUGUGACUACAACGGUGGGGGAGGCAGGCACAGAGAGCGAGGGGUAUGUGUGGGAGGAGGGGCCUCACAGCUUCCAACCCAGCGACGCCAUGCUGCAGUGCGCUGUGAGUUACCGGGUUACCAUGCUGCACUGUGGUGUGAGUUACCGGGUUACCAUGCUGCGCUGUGGUGUGAGUUACCGGGUUACCAUGCUGCACUCAAAUGUGAGUUACCGGGUUACGAUGCUGCGCUGUGGUGUGAGUUACUGGGUUACCAUGCUGCGCUGUGGUGUGAGUUACCAGGUUACCAUGCUGCGCUGUGGUGUGGGUUACCAGGCUACCAUGCUGCGCUGUGGUGUGAGUUACCGGUUUACCAUGCUGCGCUGUGGUGUAAGUAACCGGGUUACCAUGCUGCGCUGUGGUAUGGGUUACCAGGUUACCAUGCUGCACUGUGGUGUGAGUUACCGGGUUACCAUGCUGCGCUGGUAUGAGUUACCGGGUUACCAUGCUGCGCUGUGGUGUGAGUUACCGGGUUACCAUGCUGCGCUGUGGUGUGAGUUACCGGGUUACCAUGCUGCACUCAAAUGUGAGUUACCGGGUUACGAUGCUGCGCUGUGGUGUGAGUUACCGGGUUACCAUGCUGCGCUGUGGUGUGAGUUACCAGGUUACCAUGCUGCGCUGUGGUGUGGGUUACCAGGUUACCAUGCUGCGCUGUGGCGUGAGUUACCGGGUUACCAUGCUGCGCUGGUUACCAUGCUGCGCUGUGGUGUGAGUUACCGGGUUACCAUGCUGCGCUGGUAUGAGUUACCGGGUUACCAUGCUGCGCUGUGGUGUGAGUUACCAGGUUACCAUGCUGCGCUGUGGUGUGAGUUACCGGGUUACCAUGCUGCGCUGUGGUGUGAGUUAUCGGGUUACCAUGCUGCGCUGUGGUGUGAGUUACCAGGUUACCAUGCUGCACUGUGGUGUGCUAUUAUGCAGCAGUGGGCUCUCGACUGUGGCAUUCUCUCCAACCUCGUGCUGGGAGCCCCCAACGCGCCUCGCUAUGUGUCCAGCCAUCCAGUCCUUGGCUUCCCUUCCCGUUCCCCCUGCCUCCACUGCCUUCCCCCUGCCUCCACUGCCUUCCCCCUCAACCCAACCCCUUCCCCUCACAAACCUCAGCUCGACUGCGACAUUCUCUCCGACCUCGUGCCGGCGGCACCUGACGCGCCUCGCUACUUGGACUGUGGCAUUCUGUCUGAUCUCGUGCUGGGAGCGCCUGAUGCUCCGCGCUACGUCUUUUGGGACGGCAAGCUGCGUCCCAUUCCCUCGGGUCCCGCCGAUCUGAUCUCCUCGGAUCUGCUGACGCUGGCCGGCAAGCUGCGGGCGGCACUGGGGUUCGUGGGGAUCAGACCACCGCUGCCAGAUGGCAGCAAGGAGGAGAGUGUGUCAGAGUUUGUGACGCGCAACCUCGGCUCGCAGCUGCUGCACCGCCUGGUUGACCCCUUCUGCUCUUGCAUAUUCGCAGGGGAUGCGGAGCAGAUGAGCAUGCAGGCAGCAUUCAACCGCAUAUGGCGCAUGGAGGCAGAGGGGGGCUCGCUGCUGGGCGGCAUGAUUCAGCUGGGGAAGGAGAGGAAGGAGAAGCGGAAGGAGAACCCGGCAGAGCCUCGAGACCCCCAAGGGGCAUGGCGCAUGCAGCCAAGGGGCAUGGCGCAUGCAGCCAAGGGGCAUGGCGCAUGCAGGCAAGGGGCAUGGCGCAUGCAGGCAAGGGGCAUGGCGCAUGCAGGCAAGGGGCAUGGCGCAUGCAGGCAAGGGGCAUGGCGCAUGCAGGCAAGGGGCAUGGCGCAUGCAGCCAAGGGGCAUGGCGCAUGCAGCCAAGGGGCAUGGCGCAUGCAGCCAAGGGGCAUGGCGCAUGCAGGCAAGGGGCAUGGCGCAUGCAGGCAAGGGGCAUGGCGCAUGCAGGCAAGGGGCAUGGCGCAUGCAGGCAAGGGGCAUGGCGCAUGCAGCCAAGGGGCAUGGCGCAUGCAGCCAAGGGGCAUGGCGCAUGCAGCCAAGGGGCAUGGCGCAUGCAGCCAAGGGGCAUGGCGCAUGCAGCCAAGGGGCAUGGCGCAUGCAGCCAAGGGGCAUGGCGCAUGCAGGCAAGGGGCAUGGCGCAUGCAGGCAAGGGGCAUGGCGCAUGCAGGCAAGGGGCAUGGCGCAUGCAGCCAAGGGGCAUGGCGCAUGCAGCCAAGGGGCAUGGCGCAUGCAGGCAGAAGGAGGGUCGCUGCUGGGGGGGAUUAUGCAGCUGGGCAGGGAGAAAAAGCAGCAAGAGGAGGAGAGCCUGAAAGAGCCUUGAGACCCCUCUACCUCGCCCCACACCUCACAGCUCUACCUCGCCCCACACCUCACAGCUCUACCUCGCCCCACACCUCACAGCUCUACCUCGCCCCACACCUCAUAGGCCCACCCCCACCUGUGGAUGUACCACACUUCUCUUUCCUCCAUUUCUCCUACUCUUCCUUCCACAUCCCCUCCUCCAUCCCUCCUCCAUCCCUCUUCCCUCCCUCGCGCUCUCUGUCACUUUACAUUUUCCUGUCCCUCCCCGCUCCUACCCCCCCUCCCCAUCCCCCUCUCCACCCCCUCCCCAUCCCCCUCUCUCUCCAUCCCCCUCUCCAUCCCCCUCCCCAUCCCCCUCUCUCACCAUCCCCCUCUCCAUCCCUCUCUCCAUCCCCCUCUCCAUCCCUCUCUCCAUCCCCCUCUCCAUCCCUCUCUCCAUCCCACGUCCCCUCCCCCUUCCUCCCUCAUGCCCCCUGCAGCCGUCUCCCCAGGCCUCAGGGCCAGUCAGUGGGGUCAUUCCGCGCAGGGUUGGCCACUCUCACAAGCGCCAUGGCUGACCGGCUGGGGAGCAGAGUGCGGGUGGGGUGGCGGCUGGUGGGCAUGCAGCAGCGGGCAGGAGGGGGCGCUGUGCUGACGUACAACACGCCACGUGGCACCACACGAGUGGCCGCGCGCUCCGUGCUGCUCACUGUGCCUGCUUACGUUGCUGCUGACGUCAUCAGGGCUUUCUCUGUGAGGACCGCUGCUCUUCCUUCUCCCCCCCAGCAGUAA